AGCGGCAGCGCUCCGGCCUCGCUCCGAGGCUCCACGCCUCGCGGGGCCCGCGGGGUCAGCCCGGCAGGGCGGGGAUGCCGGGGCUGGGGCGGAGGGCUCAGUGGCUGUGCUGGUGGUGGGGGCUGCUGUGCAGUUGCUGCGGGCCCCCGCCGCUGCGGCCGCCCCUGCCCGCCGCCGCCGCCGCCGGCCGUGGGGCGCUGCUGGGGGAUGGCGGGAGCCUGGGCCACGCGGAGCAGCCGCCGCCGUCCUCCUCCUCGGGCUUCCUCUACCGCCGGCUCAAGACGCACGAGAAGCGGGAGAUGCAGAAGGAGAUCCUCUCGGUGCUGGGGCUCCCUCACCGGCCCCGGCCCUUCCAUGGCCUCCAGCCGCCGCAGCCCCCUGCGCUCCCUCAGCAGCAGCCUCGCGGGGAGCCCCCUCCCGGGCGGCUGAAGUCCGCGCCGCUCUUCAUGCUGGACCUGUACAACACCCUGUCCAACGACGACGACGAGGGCUGGCCGUCGGACGAGGAGAGGCGGCAGCCCGGGCCCCGGAAAGGGGCCAGCGCUUCCCAGCCCCGGCAGCAGCCUCCUGGAGCGGCGCAACCCCACAACCGCAAGAGCCUCCUUGCCCCGGGACCUGGCGGCGGCGGCACGUCCCAGCUGACCAGCGCGCAGGAUAGCGCCUUCCUCAACGACGCGGACAUGGUCAUGAGCUUUGUGAACCUGGUGGAGUACGACAAGGAGUUCUCCCCUCGCCAGCGACACCACAAAGAGUUCAAGUUCAACUUAUCCCAGAUUCCUGAGGGUGAGGCGGUGACGGCUGCAGAAUUCCGAAUCUACAAGGACUGUGUUGUGGGGAGUUUUAAAAACCAAACUUUUCUUAUCAGCAUUUAUCAAGUCUUACAGGAGCAUCAGCACAGAGACUCUGACCUAUUUCUGUUGGACACCCGCAUAGUGUGGGCCUCAGAAGAAGGCUGGCUGGAAUUUGACAUCACGGCCACUAGCAAUCUGUGGGUCGUGACCCCACAGCACAACAUGGGGCUCCAGCUGAGCGUGGUGACUCGGGAUGGACUCAACAUCAACCCCCGAGCUGCAGGCCUGGUGGGCAGAGAUGGCCCUUAUGACAAGCAGCCUUUCAUGGUGGCCUUCUUCAAGGUGAGCGAGGUCCACGUGCGCACCACAAGGUCGGCCACUGGUCGGCGCCGGCAGCAGAGUCGCAAUCGCUCCACCCAGUCCCAGGACAUGUCCCGGGUCUCCAGUGCGUCAGAUUAUAACAGCAGUGAAUUAAAAACAGCCUGCAGGAAGCAUGAGCUUUAUGUGAGCUUCCAAGACCUGGGAUGGCAGGACUGGAUCAUCGCACCCAAGGGCUAUGCUGCCAAUUACUGUGAUGGAGAAUGCUCCUUCCCACUCAAUGCACACAUGAAUGCAACGAACCACGCGAUCGUACAGACACUGGUUCACCUUAUGAAUCCUGAGUAUGUCCCCAAACCAUGCUGUGCGCCAACUAAACUAAAUGCCAUCUCAGUCCUUUACUUUGAUGACAACUCCAAUGUCAUCUUGAAAAAAUACAGGAAUAUGGUCGUAAGAGCUUGUGGAUGCCACUAACUCGAAACUGGUUGCUGGGGACACAAAUAUUGCCUUGGAUUCCUAGGUUACAUCUGCCUUAAAAAGUACACAGAAGCACAGUGAAAGUGGGAUGAUGACUUUGAACCAUCUUAUGCCGGUCGGUGCCUUACUGCCCAAGGAAGAGGUUAAAGGGCCUCAGUAAUGAUUUGCUCACAUAGUAAAUAACGUGAGUAGUUGGUCUGUUGGAAGCUGUUUGAAUGUCCUUAGUAUAAAGUCUGGUAACUGCAGAAAUGUAACUUUGAAGGGUCCCUCUUCCCGGCAAAAUGCCCACCAAAAUUAGUUUUAGCUUUAAAUCAAGCUGUUCAUGGUGUUAGUAAAAGGAGGAAAAUAAUCUUAAAGGAAUAAAAGUAUUCUUGGCUAAAA